UGGGCGCCGCUGGCUGCGGCUCCCCCGCCGGAGCUGGGCUCUUUUUGUGGCGGGUGGCUGGCCGGCGACCGAGCGAGCGAGGGAGGGAGGGAGCGAGCGCGCGCUCGGCGGCGGCUGCUGCUGCUGCUGCUGCGGCGCCUCCGGGGAGCAGCCGCGAAGGGCGAGCGGGGAUGGCGGCGGCUGCAGGGGCGCUUUAGCCCGGCGGGGCUGCCGCAGCGAGCGCUCCGUGCAGGAUGCAGCAGCCGGGGCGGCGCUGAGCCCGGCCGGUUCUCCCUCUGGCUGCAGGCGCGGCCCGCGCGCCCCCCCGGCCCCGCCAUGGCCACCGACCUGGAGCCCGCGGCCGUGCAGCUGGAGGCGGAGGAGGACGAGGAGCAGUGGCUCUACGGAGAUGACAAUGGUAAGCCAGAAGAUGGACCAAUAUCUGGACACACUGAAUCUCAUCCAUUGCAAGACAUUCCUAAGGAGACCAGGAUUGUUAUCAGUGAAGACCAAGAACUGUUGCAGCAAAUCAUCCCAAGUGGGGAAGAUGAUGAGGAGGAGAGCGACAGUGAUGAUGAUGACAUUCGAGUCACGAUUGGCAAUAUCAAGACUGGAGCCCCAUCUUAUAUGGGGACUCCGAUGAACCUGAAUCUAAAAACGGGUCGAGGCUAUGGAGCACCAGCCACAGCCAAGUCGCAGCCUAAAGGUAUUGAUUUAGAGGCUUCGGGGAAUAUUAACGGCUUGCCAGUAAUCGAGGUGGAUUUAGAAUCGUUUGAAGACAAACCGUGGAGGAAACCAGGUGCUGACCUUUCUGAUUAUUUCAACUACGGUUUCAACGAGGAAACGUGGAAAGCCUAUUGUGAAAAGCAGCGCCGGCUUCAGCUUGGCCUGGAGCCUUCGGUUCCCAUCUGCACCGAAAACAAGAUCACGGUUCAACAAGGAAGAACCGGCAAUGCUGAGAAAGAACCAGAGAACAACAUCAUCAAGAUGGAUUUUAAAACUGAUUUUGUUGCCCUCGUUGGUGGAAGGAUAAAAGCUGGACCUCCUCCAAACAGGAAACUGGGUGGGACAAUCGACGUGAUUGGUGGACAGGCUGGCACUAUCCGGAGGGUGGAAGGAAGGCGGCGUGACAAACAUGCAUCUGAAGAAAAUCCCAUUCAGGUACUUGGAGACCAUGGGAGCAAAACUCAGCCUGCUCAGCCCCCUCAGCAGCAGCCAUUUGUGCCCCCGGCAGGCCCACCUCCAGCAUUAAGUGGGCCUCCGCCCCACUUCCUCCAUCCUCCACCGCCACCAGUUGCCUCUGUCCCACCGCCUCUCCAUCCUCCAGGGCUGUUUCCUCCUCCUCUUGCUCCUCCACCCGCUCUCUUGAUUCCAACUCUGGAUGGCCAGCCUGCCAGCUACAGCAACCGGCAGCCGCCUCCCUUCAGCUACAACUCCACAGAUUCAGGUUUCAUCACCUACCCGCCCAUUUCGACCUCCCACACUCCCUGGGUGACCACCGUUGACAAGGCCUCCAGUGCUUCCGACAGCAGCCACUGGGAAUAUGCGGGCUCAAGGAGAGAGCGGGACCGGACACCCACCACAAGCGAAUAUAGCAAUGACGAUGAAAGGUACCGUUAUUAUAGCCGGGAACGCAGUUACGAUUUUGAGCGUGACUACCACAGGAGUAGAGAUCGUAGUCGUGAGCGAGAAGAUCGUCACCGGGAAAGGAGGCACAGAGACAAAGAAGAGAGCAGCAAACAUAAAUCAUCACGGCGCAAGCAGCAUGAGAGUGAAGAAGGGGAAAGCCACCGUCGACACAAGCACAAAAAGAACAAGCGCAACAAAGAGGAGAAGGAAGCAAGCGAAGAUGGACUUGCAGAAGGAAACGAACAGGACGGCAAGGAGUAGCGAACCUGGACUCCACCAACCGAGGGUGGUGCCUCUCCAGCCAACAUUUCCAUUUUGGGUGAUCUUCUUCAUGGGCGAAUGUCAUGGAGAUGACAGAGGUGCCCAAACACGAACACAGGUUGGGUUGCCAACAUGGAAACUGCAGGACUUUGAGGAGAGGACCCAAUCCAGCACCUCUGGCCUUGAGUGGUUCUAUAUGCAGGCCAACUCCAUUGUGUCAGAUCCUAUGGCUUCUGAUGGGAGUCCGUUUCAGCAGGAAUUAAUGCAUUUAGAGACUAGGACAAUAUUGGGCAAUUAUUACUGUUUCCUUUUUUAAGAAGAAGCAGGACAGCAACCACAUGGAACUGUUUUGGUACAAGAAGAAACCAGUGUUAGGUCAUCCUCCAAGCCAGGCAAUCUGGCUCCUAUAAGCUAGUCCCAUUUCGCCUUUGCCCCUUAAUUGUAGCUUUGAACUUUGGACUUCAUUCAAGGAAAGCUUGGUGGGAAACCACAAGUCAGCCACUGGAACAUGAAAUGUCCACUUUCUCUGAGGCGGCCAUUUCUACCUAGGCCUCUGGAGUCUUCUAGAUCAGAGAGUUUUAUUAUGACCAGGUUGAGUGGGCUUCGUGGUGAAUUUCAACAGGGCCGUCUUUUCAAAGUUUGACACAAGCUACUUACUUAUCAAGAGCCUCUCUUUUUUACCUAAAACGAAGUUAAAAAUUGGCAAUUUAUCUCUAAGUCUCAGAGUUACUUUUCACAACUCUUAAAACACUAAAUGUAGACAUAGGAUUUGUGGUUUCCUUUGGAAAAGAAUACGUGAGGAGAUACUCUUAAGGUCAUCGCUCUUUUGUGCACAUCCAUCCUUGCAUUAUCUUCCACCCGUGGGAAAUGUUUAAAAACGCUUCCUAAAAAUUAUUUCAAAUUUAUACUUUUUUUGUAUUGUAGUUAUGCGAGUUUGAGUGUUUAUAUGAAACUAACAACCUUGGACAUGUGAGCCAGUAUACCCAUUGUAUUCUGAUUUGUAUGCUAUGAUGGUGCAGUGAAUGGGUAAAUAACAGAAAAUACGUAGGAAAGAAAACUUUUUUUGUGGGGGGAAUGUGAUUAGUUUCUGUGUGGUCAUGGCAUCUAGGACUCGGUGAAAGCAGCACUUAAUACUAAAUUUUACACUGCAAACUUAAUUCACAGAAGCUUUCUUGCCGUUUUGUUUGUCAUGUGGAAGUAGUGUGUUCUUAAGUCUCUCGGAUGAUACAGACUAACAGUGUCUUCAGGAGGACAAAAUAUGACCCAAGAGUUCACAUUUCACUUUCUAGACCAGUGUUUUUCAACUUUGGCAAUUUGAAGAUCAAUCAGAAUAGAAUAGAGUUGAAAGGGACCUUUGAGGUCUUCUAGUCCAACCCCCAGCUCAAGAAGGAGACCCUACACAUAUUGAGACAAGUGGCUGUCCAGUCUCUUCUUAAAUGCCUCCAGUGAUGGAGCUCCCACAACUUCUGAAGGGAAGCCAUUCCACUGGUUAAUUCUAACUGUCAGGAAGUUUCUCCUUAGUUCUAAAUUGCUUCUCUCCUUGAUUAGUUUCCAUCCAUUGUUUCUUUUUCCUGCCUUCUGGUGCUUUGGAGAAUAGGUUGCGCCCCCCCCCCACUUCGUGGCAACCCCUCAAAUACUGGAAUCCUGCCAUCAUGUGAGGGUCAAUUCUGGAAGUUGGUCUUCACAUCUUCCAGUUACGGAGAUUGACGAACACUGCUGUGGGGCAAGGGUCCCCAACGCCCGGUCCAUUCAAACAAGCAAAGCCCAAUCCAUGAGAUGCAGGCAGCGUGUGAAACCAGGCCCCUUCUGGUCCGUGGAAAAAUCUCUCUCCACGUAACUGGUCCCUGGUGCCCAAAAGGUUGAGGCCAGCUGCUCUAGCGUACUGUUUUGUGUGUGGAUUUCAAAUCCCAGAAUCCUUUGCAGUGGCCAUGCUGGUUGGGGAAUUCUGGGAGUUGAAAUCUGCACAUUUUUUAAGUUGCUGAGAUUGAGAAACACUGGUCUGGACAUGCUGUGUAAUCAUGGAAAUGAUACUUCAAAAUAGACAAAACAGAUUAUAGGCUCUCCAUACAAGGUUAGUAGUUUUUAAAGAGCAUUUUGUUUAAAAAAAACAACACACCAAACCUUCAGCUACUUGGUUGUCUCAACGACUUUGUGGCCUUCAAAGAUGACUAUUUAUAAAGUGUAUGGUUCUUAGUGUUUUUACCUUUAUGGCUGAUAAAAGCUGCCAUAACGUUUUAAUAGGAAAGUUGUUAAGAGCCCAAUCUAUCUUGGAAUAUCUUCAUGGAAUAUUUCAGAUGCUGAGUGCUGGGAAGGGAUAUGAUCUUCCAAACACC